GUUUGUACACUUACAAAAGACCUAGGAUUUACUACGCCGGUAAAGCUUCUGACUCAAUAGACAGUGACGUUGUAUCUUCUGCUUUUCAGCCUUCUCCUCCCUGUACAUAGUUUUCAAAGCUUUCAGGCUGCGCCUUCACGCAUCCAUUAGUUCAGGGCAGCAUUCUUUGGGCUCCACGCCGUUGGCCUUUCCUGGUUGAAAGGGCAGGUUGCUCAGCCUAUACAUUUUUCCUCCAAGUCGCCAGUAAAGACAAGCAGAUUCACCUGUGUACAUAGACUUCACCCGUCUAGCAAUGGAAAACGGCGCUGAGCCGCCAAGGGGGUUGGCCGGAUCUUCAGAGCGACAUCACCACAAGCAUAAGCACAAAAAGGACAAACACAAACAUAAGGAGAAGGAGAAGCGCCGCGAGGAACGCAACAAGGAGGUUGGUUCGGACGUAGAAAGCGGGGAAAUCCUCGGCGACGGUGCGGAAAUUCCGCGCGACGGGCCGGGGCCUCACCGCGCAAGCACACAGCAACAGCAGCCUACAGAUGACAGGCGUACUGACCCAUCUGUAGCCCACAGGGCUGCCGGCGUGUCGCCAGCGGGGGACGACUAUGGGUCACCUGCGCGCAAGGGUCGCGCAGACCCGCCGGCGACCAGCAGCAGCCCUGCAGAGCCUGCAGUUGAGCGAGACCAAGUAGCCCCACGCAAACGUGAGCGUGUGGAGGCCGAUGACUCCCAGCAGAAGGAAGCCACUGCUGCAGACAGCAAGGCUGGGUCUCGGGCUCGCAAGGAGGCGCGGAGGGAUGAAGAAGCGGACGAGGGGCGCGAGGAGGGCCGCGGCCGCCACCGAUCCAGCCAGGACGGCUCAGAGCGGCCGCGCGAGCGGGACUACAACCGUCCCCGCGACCGGGAGCGAGAGCGGGAGCGGCGGCAGGACGAGGACCCACGUGAGCUGGAGCGGCCACGAGAGCGGGAACGUGCUGAGCGUGUCAGGGAAGCGCCAUCCGCAGCAGACAGGGAGGAGCGCAGGGACCGGGACCGCAGGGAUCGGGAUCGGGACAGGGACCGGGUGCGCGACCGUGAGCGGGAACGCGAGCGGGAGCGGGAGCGUUCCGGCUGGCGGGAGGGUGCGGAGGUUAUCGAGCGGAGGACUAGCAGAGAGCGGUCGAGGUCCCCGCGUGGGCGUUCUGAGGGGGGACGCCGCGACGAGGCACCAAGGCGGCGGAGUCGCAGUCGAAGCCGGGGCCGAGCAGGCGACCGACGGGAGCGAGAGCGGGAAGACCGGGGCCGGGGGGGCGACCGUCGAGACCACGACAGGGAGCGUGAUCGUGAUAGGGAACGAGACAGGGACCGGGAACGUGGGCGGGGCGGCCGACAAGACAAGGAGCGGCGGUCUCCAGCGGCGGAGUCGCCAGAGCUGCACGAGGCCGCUGCACUGGCGCUGGAGGAGGAUGAGGACGAGGAGACGCGCAUCGCUCGGGAGCGGGAGGAGCGCCGCCGCCGCCAGCAGGCCAUCAUGCAGCGGCACGCGCAGCAGCAAGCUGUCACAGACACGGUAGUGGCCCCUACCGCCACCGCCAUGGCAGCCAGCGCGCCAGCCUCCGCCGCCCUCACACCCAGCCGGGGUCCGCCGCGCUCACCCGCACCCGCAGCCGCCGAGGCGGCCGGGGGUCUGCGCCACGUGGCCAGCGCCUCCGUCCUCGCCCGAAGUGCACCGGGCAGUCCAGGCCGGCCGGCCGGUGCGGACGGCGGCGACGGGGACCGCACCCCUGAGGGCGACCGUAUCAGCACUAGUGAGGCGAGCGACUUUAACGCGGAUGGACCCGUGAUGGACAUUUUUGGACCCGACCAGGCGGCGGCGGAUGACGCAGACAGCGGCGCUGUGGCGGCUGCAGUGGCCGCUGCGGCAGAGGAUGCUGAGCGCGAGCGGCAGCGGCAGGCUGCUGCGCUGCUGCAGCGGCAGCCGGCGCAGGAGCCGGGCGCUAGCACCGCGCUGGUGCGGCUGGCAGCGCACAACGCCUCGCAGGAGCAGCACCCGGAGCUGACAACCGGGCCGCAGUCAGCAGCAGCGGUAGGGCGCCGUGCGUCGUUGGCGGCUGCUGCAGCGCCUGCCGGCGCCGCUGCAGCGGCCCCUGCUGUUCCUCCUGCCGCAAACGACGAUGACGAUGAUGACAUGUUUGCUGAGAAGGACGAUGACGACAUGUUUGCAGUGGAUGACUCGGAUGCGCCCGGGCAGCCGGGUGCGGCCCGGGCGGCGCCUGCGGGCGGUGCGGCGCAGUUGCAUGACUCGUACGAUGACCCGGAGGGCUACUACAACUUCCAGAUCGGCGAGGUGCUGGACGGGCGCUACGAGGUGACCGAGUACAAGGGCAAGGGCGUGUUCAGCAACGUCAUGCGCGCCCGGGACCUGGGUGUGGGCCGAGGCGGGGCAGCAGCAGCUGCCGCUGCUGCCGGCGGCCCCGAGGUGGCCAUCAAGGUCAUUCGCGCCAACGACACCAUGUACAAGGCUGCGCAGACGGAGCAGGCCAUCCUCCGCAAGCUGGGCGCCACCGACCCAGACAACCGCAAGCACUGCAUCCGCCUGCUGCGGGCCUUUGAGUUCCGGCGCCACAUGUGCCUGGUGUUCGAGCCCAUGGACAUGAACCUGCGCGACCUGACCAAGAAGUACGGCCGCAACAAGGGACUCAACGUGACGGCGGUGGGCAUGUACACCGCGCAGCUGCUGGUGGCGCUGCGGCACCUGCGCAAGAACGGAGUGCUGCAUGCGGACAUCAAGCCUGACAACAUCCUGGUCAACGCGAGGAGGACCAAGGUGAAGCUGUGCGACUUUGGCAGUGCCAUGCUGGCGGGCGACAACGAGGUGACCCCCUACCUGGUGUCACGGUUCUACCGGGCGCCGGAGGUCAUCCUGGGCAUGAAGUACGAUUACGCGAUGGACAUGUGGAGUGUGGGCUGUGUGGUGUACGAGCUGUUCACCGGCAACAUCCUGUUCCCCGGCCGCACCAACAACGAGAUGGUGAAGCUCAUGAUGGACGUCAAGGGGCCCUUCACCAAGAAGAUGCUGCGCCGCUGCGCCUUUGCGGACAAGCACUUUGACCUGGACGAGCCCAGCGCGCCCUUCAUCUACAUGGAGGAGGAUGCGGUCACUAAGAAGCCGGUGCGCCGCAUGAUCAACGUGCAGACCGCCAAGCAGAACUUCUCACAGCUGCUGGGACCCGCCCUGCGCAGCGCCAAGCCCGAGGACAAGGCCCAGAUCCAGCUGCUGACUGACCUGCUCGAGAAGAUGAUGAUGCUGGAACCCGACAAGCGCAUCGACACCGACACCGCCAUGCGCCACCCCUUUGUGCGCGCCUUCCUGCCCAAGAAGCACGAGCACGGACACCACCGGCAGGGCGGACGUGAG